AUGGAUUACGGUUAUACACACAAUGCUAAAGUUAUGGCACAAAAUUUGAAAAAUGAUGUUAAAGCUGGUCGUGUACCAAUGCGUGGUGUUAAUUUGGGUGGAUGGCUAGUUGCUGAACAUUGGAUGACAUCAGCUUCGCCUGCUUGGAAUGAAGUUCCUGAACAUAUUGCUAAGCAAGGUGAAUUUAAAACAAUGCAACAUCUCGGUCAUGCUAAAGGUGAUUCUCAAUUCAAUCAACAUCGUGAUACAUAUAUUACUGAAGAAGAUUUUCGUGACAUAGCUAAAGCUAAAAUGAAUACAGUUCGUAUUCCUGUUGGUUAUUGGAUUACAGGCUUCGAUAAUCAACCUGGGGGUGAUCCAGAUGGAUGGAAAGUGUAUGCACCAGGUGCUAUAAACUAUUUAGAUCGAGCUAUUCGUGAAUGGGCACCUCGAAAUGAUAUACUCGUAUGGAUUUCANCAGAGAAUAAAUAUUCUUUCUCUAUUGAUCUUUUAAAACAGUGA